AUGUGUACAAUAAGAUCAUUUAUGAUUGAUGAUUUAUUACAUUUUAAUAAUGUUAAUAUAGAUAUUAUGACUGAAACAUAUACAUGUGGUUAUUAUUUAAAUUAUAUCAUUCAAUGGCCAGAGUAUUGUGUUACUGCUCAAGAUUAUGACGAUACAAUUAUGGGAUAUGUAUUUGGUAAAUCUGAGACAAAUGGAUUACCUUGGCAUGGGCAUAUUACAGCAUUAACCGUUGCUGAAGACUAUAGACGUCUUGGAUUAGGAUCACAAAUGAUAGCAGGAUUGGAAAAGACAUCUGAUAUACAAGAUUGUUAUUUUGUUGAUCUUUAUGUUCGUGUAUCAAAUGUAGCUGCUGUUAAUAUGUAUAAAAAAUUAGGAUAUUCUAUAUAUAAUAAGAUUAAAAAUUAUUAUUCUGGUGAAAGAGAUGAGGAUGCUUAUGAUAUGAGGAAAUGUCUUUCUGCUGAUCCUAAUGAGUAUGCAGGUGCUUUUGCUGGUGUUUGGGCUUUAUAUGCUACAAAGGCUCCUUAUUAUAUUAAAAAUCCACGCCACAAAAUUAUACUAUAUGCUUUAGCAAGUGGAUGUUUUUACAUUUCAUUUGCCAGGUGGAAUUUAUAUCCACCUUUUACAUCAUUACGUGAAGAAGCAGCUUUAAAAGAACAGGCUAGGCAAGAAUUAAUAAAAUUUUCUUCACGUUAA